AUGGCGCUAGAAAUUGCGACUUUACCAGCAUCCGUGGCUCUCCGUCGAUACGGCGGCAAAAUUCUGCAGUACGUACAUGAAGAUGUGGAGACACACGGGUUGCUCGUAGCAGACGGAGACGACGUUAUGAGUGCGUUGUGUAAGCUGGAGGUGUUGCCGGCACGGUCGGGUAACGGACGAGUGCAUAUAAGAUGCAGUUACAACAACAAGUUCUUGGCCCUUCGGGGAGAAGGCGACUCCGUGGUGGCGCCGGUGGCUGAGCAACCUGUGGAGGACGAAUCAGCAUGGGGAUGCACCAUGUUCGUGCCUUCAUAUAUCUUCCACAACAGUAAUCACAACGUUCAGUUGUUGCAUGUGCAACGAGGACGCAACCUAUUCAUCGAUCAACAAAAUCUUCUUCUUGGAGUAUCAGAACAAGUUCCUGCACAUCCCCAAACUGCUUAUCACAUGAUAUUCAGUUUCACCGAUUUGGUACCCCUGUUCAUGAUGCCCAGACACGUGGCGUUUAAAGGGGAUAACGGCCAAUACCUUCGGUUCAUGACGAUCAGCAACCAGCCCUUUCUACAGUUCAGUUCCGCCGUCGACAAAUGGCAUCCAUCGGUGUUGCAAGAGGUCGAAAACGACUUUUUUGGUUACGGUGACAAUUCGUUUCGCAUUAAGUGCCAUAACAGCAAUGUGAGGGACGGAUACUGGAGGCGUAACCGUGAUUCUGAUCCUGAAUGGAUUCAUGCCGACUCGGUUUUAUUUCCCCACCUCUCGCCCGUGAGCCACCGCUGGGGCGACAGCAUUUUUAGGGCAGCCAAGGUUGGCGAGAGUGCUGAAGGCAUCAUCGUCGCUUUCAGAAGCACCAAUGACAACCACUUAAUGCGAGGGAGCGCUUCCAAUGUCCAAAAUGUGCUCCGUGCCACCGCCUCCACCAUAGUCCCCGAAGCACGCUUCUUGCUGGAAGAGCUUGUGAGAUCCAGACUAAUCUACAACGUUAACUUCAACCUCCUGGACGCGAGGAUCUACUCUAACGAGCCGGAGUUGGUGACAGGCCAGAGUUUCAAUAACGUCACAUCACUACCUCAGAAUAUGGAGCUCACCUUCACAUAUACACAAAGUAAGACUAGCACAUGGAAUGCCACCGUUUCAACCACCGUUGGCGUGUCUACCACUUUCAGAACCGGUGUUCCGUUCAUAGCAGACGGUGAGAUCAGUACUUCACUUGAGACUACAACAACAUACGAGUGGGGACGAAGUUACACAGAAGAAGAAACACGCACGGAUACAAUCGCUAUUACUGCGCCACCGAUGAGGCGUGUCACGGUCAGCAGGAUAGAGACACGGGGUUCGUGUGAUGUUCCCUUCUCUUACACUCAGGAAGACACUCUUUAUAAUUGGGAGAAAAAAGAAUACCAAAAGCAUGAUGGUCUUUACAAAGGAGUUAAUAGCUUCAACAUCCACUACCAGGCUAUAGAGGAACCCCUGCCGUCGUCGUCCGAUCCAAACCGAGAAACAAAGACGUAUCCAGUGUUUCCCACUACUUCUCGACUAGUGUCAUCUGUGCCUGCUGCCUAG